UUGAGAGAUCACGAUCAGUGCAUAUUUCACUUCAAAAAUCAACGUCUUGUUCUCCAUGAUCCAUCUCAUGUCAUGAGCUAACUCUCUCCCGCAUCUGCAGGAAGUCUGCUAGUCGCAACUUUAUCUGUACAGUGCUGGUCUUCCUGGAGCUGAUCCCAAUAGUAUCUGAUUCCCUCUGGCUAGCCCUGCUUGCUGCGUUGUAGAUCAACUCCGCACAUUUUCCUAUCAGCUAUCCUGUAUCAAGCAGCAUGACCAAUAUGGAACAAUUUGCAGGGCCCAGUUGGCCAACACGAUAUCAAGGUGAUGGAAUGGAAAGUAGCCAUGGUGGUAGCUUUCUGCAGGAGUCUAAUAAAUCUGCCACACACUGUAUACCAUUCCAACCUGUAUCGGGUAUCCAUGGUAAAUCAGUCAUUCCGCCACUCUCACUCAGUGGCAGAUCAACACCACAGCUACCAGCAAUGAGCCUAGCACAACCAGUGCCACUGCAUCAGCCUGCACAGUCUGCUGUUGCUGGUGUUGCCACGGCUAGCUCUGCGGGAGCGUUCACAGCACCAGUAUCAACUAUCACUGAUCAGCCGCGCACACCUGGACAUACGAUCGCCAAUGUAAGCAAGAGUAAUGCUGCUGCUGUCCGUGGCACUGCUAGCAUCCCGGCACAACACCAGGCACAGUCUUCAACAAUAUCUACAGGCACAAGCUCUAGCAGUACCCUGCCGGAACGAUUGGCAUCAUCAUCAUUGUCAUCACAUUCCCGGUCUUCUCUGGAGUUACCAGCUGUAUCCUCUCAGAAAGCACGUAAUGGAGGCGCUCACCUCUCACCCGACCGAUCGCACCUUGGCAGAAAGCACAAGAAGUCGCCUGACACCGAGUCGUCACAAAUAGAACUGGAGCACUUGCGCUCUGUUGGAGAGGUGACUUCAGCUGAUGCUAUCGCUUCAUCCGAACAAGCUUGCAAGAAACUGCUCAAGGAGAAGGCAGAAUUGACUCAUCAGCUGGUAGUCCAGAGAAAGCGCAAUGGGGAGCUAAAGCGGCUGUUGGUGGCAUCCAUUGGUGAUGACUUGCAAGAAAGGUUUGAUGGUCUUUGCCAUGAGAACGCUGAAAGCACUGAAUUGCUGAGUGUACGUGAAAAGGAGCUACAGUUGCUGCGAGAACGUGUAGAGCACUUAGCCAUACAGUGCGAUGUCUAUCAGAGCAAGUACAGAGCAAGCAGUGUUAUGAUUGAAGAACUAUCCUCUCUGCAGUCGGAGCUCCAGGGUUCGCUGGUGGAGAGUCGCGGUGUGAUUCACCAGCUUCUCACCGAGCAGCGGCAGGUGUUCGGUGACCUGCGCUUCACCUACCAGCAGUUGUCCGUUGCUUGCCAGCGCUUGCAACACGCCACGAACACGACAACAGCCGUGCCCGUGAUGGAGUGCAAAGGCGGUAGCGGUGCAAAUGCCAACAACAGCAGCGGUGUACUGGAAGUGACUACUGGCCUACUAUCUCGCCAUUGCUCUCAGCUGUCGGCUUGGUGUUCGAAUAAUGUCACUUCAUUACUACAGGCAUUACACGCCGGUGCAGCCAUGGUCACAGGUAAUGCUGCCGACGGUGGACAGAAGCGAUCUGCGCACGGUACCAGUGGCCCCACUGCGCUAACAUCGCAUACACAUGUCCUGGAUAAUGUGCAGUGGCGUCCCAGCAAUGCAGAGUCUGUUGCACACAGCGCUGUCCUGAGUCGCUUGCCUCACUACACCAAGGCCAGGCCACUGUCAUCUAGCACUCAACCUGGUGCGUCUCUGGGUUUGUCCUCCACCUGGAAAACACUCGACUACUCUACAUACGCUGGCUGCUCGCAAUGUAAAGGUCAAGUGCAGAUUAUUUGAAUGUUGAACUCUUCUUCUGCAGUUGAUUUGUACUGUAGCAUGCCCAUUGAAACUUGGGACUUUUGUCUGUAUUCACGCUAUAAUGUGAUGUCACAAUGCCAUGAUUCCAUCAAGAGCAAACCUGUUUUGACUUUCCCUUUAUGAGUUAUUCUGCUUUGACACAUCACCUUUGCCGCCAUAAUUAGUGGACACAUUGCCCAUAUGACAUAUGUACAUGUAAUUGCAAAGUAAAAUAUAGCCACGACAACGACAACUGAAAUCCUUGCUGUCAUAAUCCACAAAACAAAGAUUUUUUAUUUCAUCGCAGCUAUUUUCUAACAUUUCACGAAAACGAUAUUACGGAGCAUCAGCAAAUCGAAUUUUCGAUUUGAUUAUUCGAAUGGCAAAGAGAAAAUCAGACCGAAAAUUCGAAUGAAAAAGAGGUUCAGCAUGUAGCGUAGUCCAGUAUUUUCGAAUCGAGUUCAAUUUUCUAGCCUGAGUAGAUCUACCCCUGUUGUUGAGGACUGGGAUUUUGAGAUGUGCAAUGGCUGCGUUUGUUGCAGAGCAAGUCGAUUUGUUGGAUUCGCUUCUCUUUUGGGAGCAGGAGGCAUAUACCGCGCGCGGCUGGUAGGUGGUGAAAGAAACCAUGAUUCCAGGAUCUUGAAAUGAAACAAAAAGCACACUUGACAAAACGUUUCACAGUUCGAGAGAGAGGAAAGCGUGAAGUCCGGUUCGACUGUGCCUUGUGCAUGUGCACUGACAACUACGACUACAAUCAUGUUUUCGGAUUCGAUUUCUGUAUACUAGUACAUGGUAUACAUGUACAUGUAUAAUGACUACACUAUCAUGUACAGUAGUAAGCACUAGUUUACUACUUGUACUUGUAGUAGCUACAUGUACAUGCGCAAGUAUGAGUACUCGUAGUGCGCCGUGUACUCUUCUAGAGUACGCGCUUAGCAUUCGAAAAGUAUUCGAAAAGUAUUUUCUCUUUCCGGGCAUUUUUCAGUCGAACAAAGCCCUAGUUUCGACUGAUUGAGAGCUUUUCGUGACGAUUAUCGAAUUUCACUGGAAAAUUCGAUUUGCUGAUGCUCCGUAUUGUAUUUAUUGCUCAUGUGUUAUAUUGUUGUUGCAAAUGCACCAGUCUUUUUAAAAGUGUAUACUAUUUCUUGCAGAUGAAUUCACAGUGUUGCUUUAUCUGCGGGCACCAACAUCGUGCUCUAAAACAGAACUGCCUGCUACUAUUCUCGGAACAUCUCUUGUGUUAGCUUCUGGUGUAUUGCUCGCCUCCUUUGCCAUCGCAAGCAAGACUCUCGAGUGUAAUCCACAUGCUCUGCGUUCUGCCGAUGAUUGGUUCUUGUUUCAAGUGGCACAAAUGUUAUCAAACAUUUUCAGGAGACAUCGAUUUGGCCGAUGUUGUACCUGGAUGGGAUUGA